GUGCGAAGGGUUAAGGGAGGGUAUGCCUAUGCCCUCAUACUCUGCACGGAGAAAAGGGUGACCGGAUGAUCCCGCGUGUGAACCCAAUGCUGGUUUGCCCACAGCAUUGAAAAAGUGACCAAGCCGCUAAAAAAUAGUUGAAAGGAAUGUUACGAUUGCGCCACCUAAUAAAAGCUCCGUCUCCUUUCAUUUUUCCUCUCCUCUGCUAUCGAAUUCUGGAGAGAGGGCCAAGAAGGAUCCGCAGUCACCUGGUCCCGGGGAGAGACGUUACUCAGCAAAUGGCGAGUUUUAGGGUUUUGUGAACAGUGGAUACAAACUGUUUCCAUGGAAAUGCCUGCCAAGAGAUCCAACUACACCCUCCUGAACCAAAUUCCUGAUGAAGAGUUCGGUGGCGAUGCAGCCUUGUCCGCAGCUACUACUGGUCCCACUUCUUUAUUUGAUUCUUCAUCGGGGGACGGCAAGAACAAUAAAGGCAAGCUUGACAGAGGAUAUGAUUGGGAUUCGGUUGCUGAUCAGAGGGUCCCUCAGCAGGGGAAUCGGAUCGGUAAUUUAUACUCAUCGAUCGGGUUGCAGAGGCAGUCUAGUGGUAGCAGUUUUGGUGAAAGCUCGCUAUCCGGAGAGUAUUAUGCUCCGACUCUGUCCGCGACGGCUGUGAAUGAGAUCGAUACCUUUGGUUAUAUGCAUGACGAUGGUUUCAAGGUUGGCAGUGGUGCUGGUGUUGGAGGCGAGCUACGGAACAAGUUAGUGGAGACUACGGUGAGUAUGGGAGGGUUGUCGUUGGGUAAAAGCUGGGCGCAGCAGACGGAGGAAAGUUAUCAAUUGCAGCAGGCUUUGGCACUUAGGCUCUCAUCCGAGGCAACAUGCGCUGAUGAUCCGAAUUUUCUGGAUCCAUUACCAGAUGAAUCUACUUUAAGGUUGUCAUCGUCAAAUUCGGCAGAGGCAGUGUCACAUCGAUUCUGGGUCAAUGGCUGCCUAUCUUACUCCGACAAGAUUCCAGAUGGCUUCUACCUUGUCCAUGGGAUGGAUCCUUACGUGUGGACUGUGUGUACUGAUCUACAGGAAAAUGGCCGAAUACCAUCAGUUGAAUCGCUAAAGUCUGUAGAUCCCUGCAAUGAUUCUUCACUUGAAGUAGUUUUGGUGGAUCAACGUAGUGAUCCUAGCUUAAAGGAGCUGCAAAACAGAGUACGUAGCAUUUCUUGUAGCUGCAUAACCACAACAGAGGUUGUAGACCAUCUUGCCAAGUUGGUUUGCAACCGUAUGGGGGGUUCAGCUUCUGUUGGGGAAGAUGACUUUAUUUUCAUCUGGAGGGCGUGCAGUAAUGAUCUUAAAGAUUGCUUGGGAUCUGUUGUUGUUCCUUUAAGUAGUCUGUCUGUUGGCCUCUGCAGGCAUCGUGCUGUACUGUUCAAAGUGCUAGCUGACUCCAUUGAUUUGCCCUGUCGAAUUGCUAAAGGCUGUAAAUAUUUCAGAGAUGAUGCUUCCUCUUGUCUUGUCCAAUUUGGGUUUGAAAGGGAAUAUCUGGUUGAUUUAAUUGGGAAGCCAGGUUAUUUAUGCGAGCCUGAUUCCUUGCUCAAUGGUCCAUCCUCCAUCUCAUUUUCUUCACCCUUGAGCUUUCCAAGACUUAAACCAGCUGAACCUACCAUUGAUUUCAGGUCAUUGGCCAAAGAGUAUUUUUCAGAUUGUGUGUCUCUUGAGCUUGUCUUUGACAAUGAUUCUGCAGAACAGUUUAAUGGGAAGGGCAGAGGCGGAAAUAAUGUUAGGUCAAAUUCAAAUGAUAGCAACAAAACUCCUUGCCAGUCUCUGCAUUCAGAAGUUUCUCAUUUGAGAACUCAUGAUCAGAGUUCUGAAACAUUUGCAUCAUGCAACUCUCCUCAGAAUGUAGAUUCUACACCCAUGGGCAAGGAUCUACUGCCUACUCCUAUAACACUGACAAAUUCAAAUGUUGAUGCUACCGAGUGUAGGAGUUUUGCUGAAGGAAGUCAACUGUUUGUUAGCAAAACCUGUAGGGAGCUUGGCCUUGAUAUGGAGGAUCUUGACAUACCUUGGAGUGAUCUUGUUUUAAAAGAGAGAAUAGGAUCGGGUUCCUUUGGAACAGUACAUCGAGCUGAGUGGAAUGGCUCGGAUGUUGCUGUUAAAAUUUUAAUGGAACAAGAUUUUCAUGCUGAAAGAUUCAAGGAGUUUCUGAGAGAGGUUGCAAUAAUGAAACGCUUGCGGCAUCCAAAUAUUGUUUUAUUUAUGGGUGCAGUUACUCAGCCUCCGAACUUAUCAAUUGUCACGGAAUAUUUAUCUAGGGGUAGCUUAUACAGGCUGUUACACAAACCUGGUGCCAGAGAGAUGUUGGAUGAGAGACGUAGAUUGAGCAUGGCUUAUGAUGUGGCAAAAGGAAUGAAUUAUCUUCACAAACGCAAUCCUCCCAUUGUUCAUAGAGAUCUAAAGUCUCCAAACCUUCUUGUAGACAAGAAAUAUACUGUGAAGGUUUGUGAUUUUGGCCUUUCACGUCUCAAGGCAAAUACAUUUCUUUCAUCCAAGUCUGCUGCGGGGACUCCUGAGUGGAUGGCCCCAGAAGUUCUACGAGAUGAGCCAUCCAAUGAGAAGUCAGAUGUUUACAGUUUUGGUGUAAUCUUGUGGGAGCUAACAACAUUGCAACAGCCGUGGAGUAAUUUGAAUCCUGCACAGGUUGUGGCAGCCGUUGGCUUUAAGGGCAAAAGGCCUGAGAUUCCACGUGAUUUGAAUCCCCAAGUAACUGCAAUAAUUGAGGCUUGCUGGGCCAGCGAGCCCUGGAAACGUCCUGCUUUUUCAAGUAUAAUGGAUUCUUUAAGAUCAUUGAUCAAACCUCCUGCACCUCAACCUGCGCGUCCAAACAUGCCCUUACUUACCUGAUUGGUGGAACUCUGAAUUGUUCUUUAUGCACAUACCACAGGAUUUUUAUGUGAUCUUUGUCAAACAGGAAACCUCGUUCUUAGAAAUCUCAGCUACAGAGUCCGAGAUGCAUAUUUUUGUUCUAAUUCUGAUUAAUACUGAUUUUCAAGGUGAAGCAUUCCUUGCUCCAUCUUUUGUUUCCCCUAGGUAAUCUUGUAAUUUUCAAGAAAGAAGUGUAAAAUUUAUUCUUCCAUACUUUUGCAUGUAAGAUUCCUUUGUAACUAGAAUUAGUUAAUGGGAAGCAGCGCUGCCCACACGGAGGCUUUUUUGAGCAACUUCCUCGCAUUUUGGUUUUAUGAGACUUCUAUGAGCAUAUUGGAGCUUCUCUUCCUUCCACAAUCCACAGUGAAACCAACAUUUUUGGGUGUAACGCUCAAACAAUCCUCCUUGUCCUUGCACGUGAUCGUCGUCCACUUUAGUUUAUUCGAGUUCAUUUGUAAAGCCAUUGACAUGAAUCGGACCUGAAACUAAUUUAGUGGUUGGACAUAUCAAUAUUUAUCCUGCAGUUUCUAA